AUCACUACAGUCACAGGGGUGAAUUAGCAUCCAAAACCCGAUCUCAGGUCCGGUGUUGCGACGGCGGCGAAUGAAGCUCCCACGCGGCGGCGCUCCGCUCGCACUCUCAGCCUCAGCUGCAACCCAUUUCCGUCGCAGAAGCUUCUGCGCCUCCAAAUUCGACGAUGCUCGCUUUGUCUCCCUCAUUUCCGACAUUGUUCGAGGGAAGCAGAGUUGGAAGGUGGCAUUCAAAGACCCUUCAAUUUCAUCCACAUUGAGACCCCAUCACGUUGAACGAGUCUUGAUCAACACCUUGGACGAUUCCAGGUUAGCUUUCAGCUUCUUCAACUUCCUGGGUUUGCACCAAAAGCUGAAACAUUCCACCACCUCCUUCGCUAUCUUGGUCCAUGCCCUCGUCCCUGAUAGGCAAUUCUGGGCUGCCAAUUCUCUCUUGGACACCCUUCUCGAAAAUGGGUCUGACGCAAAAUCCAAUUUUACCGAGUUUCUAGAAGCUCACAGGAACUGUAAGUUUUCGUCUACCUCGGGUUUCGAUUUCCUAGUUCUGAGAUAUUUGCAUCACACAAGGGUUUUAGAUGCUGUGGUUGUUCUAAAACUCAUGCUUGCUAACAGAUUGUUGCCUGAAACUAGAACAUUGAGUGCCCUCUUGAACGGGCUAUUGAAAAUUAGAAGUUAUAUAUCGGUUUGGGAACUGUUUGAUGAAUCUGUGAAUGCUGGUGUUCAACAUGAUCCUUAUACUUGCUCAGCUGUAAUCCGGAGCCUGUGUGAACUGAAGGAUUUUUUUAGAGCUAAGCAGAAGAUUAAGUGGAUGGAAUCUAAUAGGUUUGAUCUGAAUAUUGUAACUUACAAUGUACUUAUUGAUGGGCUAUGCAAGGGUGGUCGAGUUUCGGAAGCUUUUGAGGUUAAAAGAUCAUUGAGGGAAAAGGGUCUGGAACCAGAUGUGGUUACAUACUGUACACUAGUUCAUGGUUUAUGUAGGGUGCAACAAUUUGGCGCUGGAAUACAGCUUAUGGAUGAAAUGGUUGAAUUGGGAUUUGCGCCAACCGAGGAGGCUAUAUCGAGGUUAGUGGAAGGGUUAAGAAAGCAGAGAAAGAUUGAUGUGGCUUAUGGUUUAGUGGUUAAGCUAGGAAGAUUUGGUUUUCUGCCAAAUUUGUUUGUCUAUAAUAAAUUACUGGACUCUUUGUGCAAAGGUGGAGAUUUGGAUAAGGCAGAGUUCCUUUACAACAAUAUGAGGUUGACGAAGUUGCGGCCCAAUGGUGUUACUUAUUGUAUUCUCAUUGAUUCCUUUUGCUUCAGGGGGAGGUUGGAUGUUGCAAUAUCUUAUUUUGAUAGGAUGAUUGGAGAUGGUAUCAGAGACAUGGUAUAUCCCUACAACUCUUUGAUAAAUGGCCAAUGCAAGUUUGGAGAUAUGAGUGCUGCCGAGUCCCUACUUACUGAGAUGAUUAAUAAGGGGUUAGAGCCAACUGCUGCUACCUUUACACCACUAAUUAGUGGCUACUGCAAAGGCCUAAAGCUACAAAAGGCAUUUGAACUAUAUAAUAAGAUGCUUGAGAAAGGAAUUACUCCGAAUGUUUAUACUUUCACUGCACUUAUUUCUGGGCUUUGCCGCAUGAAUAAGAUGGCUGAAGCAUCCAAACUUUUCGAUGAAUUGGCAGAAAGGAAAAUCAAGCCGACUGAGGUGACAUAUAAUGUUAUGAUUGAAGGUUAUUGCAGGGAUCGCCAAGUCAGCAAAGCCUUUGAAUUGCUUGAAGAUAUGCUCCAGAAGGGCCUUCUUCCAGACACGUAUACCUAUAGAGCUCUUAUCAGUGGCCUUUGUUCUACAGGUAGGGUUUCUGAAGCUAAAGAUUUUAUUGAUGGUCUCCACAAGAAGAACCUCAAGUUAAAUGAGAUGUGCUAUAGUGCACUUCUACAUGGUUAUUGCCAGGAAGGAAGAUUGAUCGAGGCAAUGAGUGCUUCUUGUGAAAUGAUUCAGAGAGGAGUCAACAUGGAUCUGGUUUGCCAUGCCAUUCUUAUUGAUGGUGCUCUAAAGCAGCCAGACAAGAAAAUGUUAUUUGGUCUCUUUAAAGAGAUGCAUGAUCAAGGACUGAGACCUGAUAAUGUAGUAUAUACCAGUAUGAUUGAUGCAUACAGCAAAGAAGGAUUGUUUAAGAAAGCUUUUGGAUGUUGGGAUUUAAUGGUUACUGACGAAUGCUCUCCUAAUGUUGUGACCUAUACUGCAUUGAUGAAUGGUUUAUGCAAAGCAGGUGAAAUAGACAGAGCAGGACUUCUUUUCAAGAAAAUGCUGACUGCAAAUGUCCCUCCUAAUUCAAUUGCAUAUGGCUGUUUUCUUGAUUCUCUUGCGAAGGACGGAAACAUGAAGGAAGCUUUAGAGCUUCAUAAUGCAAUGCUUAAGGGGCUUUUAGCAAACACUGCUACAUACAACAUUCUUAUCCGUGGCUUCUGCAAAUUGGGUAGAUUUCUUGAAGCCACAAAAGUUCUCUCUGAAAUGACUGAGAAUGGUAUUUUCCCUGACUGUAUUACCUAUUCAACUUUAAUUUACGAGUAUUGCAGAAUUGGCAAUGUGGAAGCAGCAGUUAAAUUGUGGCAUACCAUGCUGAAUAAAGGUCUUGAGCCGGAUUCGGUUGCAUAUAACUUGAUAAUAUAUGGUUGUUGUGUAAAUGGAGAGCUCGAUAAGGCAUUUGAAUUGCGUGAUGACAUGUUGAGGAGAGGGAUGAAGCCAAGACAAAAUUUACACGCGGUGCAGAAAGGGCAAUAGAGGAGCAGCAGUUAAAUUGUGGUAUAACAUGCUCUGAACAAAGGUCUAGAACCUGAUUUGGUUGAAUUGGACUUUCUAAUAUAUGGCGGUUGUGUUAAUGGAGAGCACAAUAAGGCAUUUGAGUUGUUUGAUGACAUGUUGAGAAGAGGGGUAAAGCCAAGGGAAAAUAAAUAGAGGCUGAUGCUUAAUGUUGAAGGUGGUAGUGUCAUCCAAACUCGAAGCACCUGGUAAAAGAGGAAAAGGAGAACAUUACCGAGGUAGCAUUACCAAAAGGAGAACUGGAGAAGGAACCUGUCAAACUGAAAUGGAAGGAAAAAAUUGAUAUUACAGAUAGGUAACUAAAGUUUAAGCAAUGACACUUCACAACAUGAGUUACAUGAAACUGUAAAUUUCGAUUGGAGCUAGUAGCAAGGUAAGGAAAUUCUUAUGUUUAGUUACUACAAUUUUCAAUUGGCAGAUGAACCCAGAUGAUGAUGAUGAGCCUAUCACUGACAGGACCAUUUUUGUUGGGGCUGGUAGAGAAACCAUGGGGUUACCUUUGUAAAUAAUCUUUAGAUGACGGUAAUGAUGAUGAUGAUGAAAACUUUUUCUUUGGACUCCUCCCUGACAAAAACUAGAAUCAUGAAUUCAUUUAAUGUGAAGCAUUCUUGUGACUCUGGGUUCGGUGUCCAAAAUUUAUAUAUUCAUGGCUGGUUUUGCAAGUUAUGUGAAAUUUUGUUCGGCCAUCAAUAAUACAUAUUGGAUAUGCCAUAAAAUAUGAUGAAAUCAUUGUCAUAGUUGAUAUUCAAGUAUAUGGUUAUGGUUUGUAGUCAUCCUCGAAGUGUUCUCUUGUGCCAUUGACAACUUCCAUACUUGGUGUGCAUAUCAGUUGUCUCUGUAAAGCCUAAAAAGAUCUCUCUUUAUUUGU